AUGUCCCGAUUUGUCUCAGCUGGGACCGAUGCCGACGCGCGAGCUCCGGCCGAUGAUGGCUGGCUGAAGGCGCAGCAGGAAGUCAAGUCCGCACGAGAGCCCAGGUCAACCGAGGAGGGUAAGCAAGAAGGAGGCAAGAGUCUCUAUGAGGUUCUACAGGCGAACAAAGCUGCGAAACAGGACGCUUUUGAAGAAGCGGCGCGGCUGAAAAACCAGUUCCGCGCGCUCGACGAAGAUGAGGUCGAUUUCCUCGAUUCUGUACUGGAAACGAGCAGAGCAAAGGAAGAUGCAGUGAAGCAAGAAACAGCAGAACAACUCGAGGCGUUCCGGAAGCAGCGUGCUGCUGCUGAGCAAGCACAAAUUGAAGGCACGCUCGAUGGAGCACCUGGUGGCCCCACGGAUGGAGGCGCUUGGGCAACGAAGAAGAAGAACAAAAGACGUCGAGAGAAGGAUGGCGAGCCUAACGAUCCGAGUACCAAGCUGAGAAAAUUGUCAACGGCUGAUGACGAUAGAUCUGUGCUACAAUCUUCCAAUCCAAGCGGUCUAGCGAAAGGCGAUCCAGCCCCUCAAGGAAGGGACAGCAAUGUCCAAGCUAUGCCUAGCAAAGACCAGCUCAAACAUAAACCGGCUGGCCUAGGCCUGGCCGCUUACAGUUCCGACGAAGAUGAUUGA